GAUGGCUUUGUUGCAGGUUCCCUUGUUUUUUUUUUUUUUUUAUGUUAUUGUAUAGUAAUAGCUUAUUUCACUAUAUGUCAUAGCUGCCCUGUGGAAGGAGGUUGCUGCUGCAAUGAAGAGUACAGAAACCGAAUGUAAGGACAAAUGGCGCCACCUGAGAAGCAACUUCAUGAGGGAAAGGAGAAAUAUUAGUGCCAAAACAUCUGGAUCAGGUAAUACCGAAACAAGGAAGUGGGUGUACUAUGAUGCCAUGCAAUUUCUGAUCCCUCAUGAGACGCCACGACCAACAUCUUCAAACGUCCCUACACCUCCUGAUGAAGACACCUGUCAUGAAGCGGAAGAUGCACCUCAAGACUCUUCACCUUCUGUUGUCAUCGAAACACCAGACAAUGUAUCUCCUCAAGAAGCAGCAAGUAAUACCGAAACCUGUGAGGACCGCAGUACUGCCAAGCCUAUUCUUCCCAUGUCAAAGAAGACCAGUGUCACCAAGAAACGCAGCAGGGAUACUGCAGAUGAGAUAGAUGUGCGUUUUCUAGAAGAAUUAAAGCUACUGAGAGAACAAUCGUCUACACAAAAUGUUACUGAUCCAGAUCACCAGUUCCUAUUAAGCUUACUGCCUAUGAUGAAAAAACUGUCGCCAAGUGACAACAUGGACAUCAAAAUUGAAAUAUAUGAAACCUUUCGUAGAAAGAUGUUUAAACCCGCCCCCACUGUCCAGUAUGGCUACUGGACUGAUCAGAAUCAGUCAUAUACUCCCUCACCAUGUACAUCCAAUUCUUUCAGCGUGUCAUGCCCACUCAGUUCACUUCACCAGUAGCAGCGGCGGUGAGAGGUCAAGGUGCAGGUCUUGUGGCUUGACGCAGCUCUUGAAGGAAUUAAAUGGCUCCUCCUUGGCCAAUCAGCACCGAGGCAGAGUUGAUUGAUAUACAGGUGUGAAUUCAGCUGCCUCCUCGCUGUUCCCGUUGCCAGGAUACCAUGUGAUCGAGGCAGUGUUGGGGAAGGUGAAAUUAUCCAUCAGGUGUGACGUGUGCUGCUUCACUCCAUCCCAUGAACAGUUGCCCACAGCAAUCUCUACCACAUCAGGCCUGACAUACUUCAUUGUGAUCAGGGAGUCGAGUUUCAUCAGGAAGAGAGGCUGUGUCACUACCUGUAAGCCUGACGAGGUGUUAGUUAAGUCAAGGAGCGUCAUCAGGAAGAGGGGCCGAGUCUUGCUACCUGUAAGCCUGACAAGAGGAGUCAAGGAAUUUUUCAUUGCAAUCAAGGAAGAGUCAAGUUGUAAGAAGAUUGUAAGGCAAGAAUUUUAAGCAGGAAUAAUUGUCAAGCAGUUAACAGCAGGAAGAAUGCAGCGAGAAAAGGGUACAAGAGUUUUCAAGUAAGAAGAUUGUAAGGCAAGAAUUUUGAGCAGGAAGGAUAUUGUUAAGCAGUUUAGCAGCAGGAAGAGUCCCUUCAAGCUGUUGGUGUGAGUGACAAGCAUCCUUCAGGACCUUGCAAAGGCUGAAGUCCUCAACACUAGUCUCACUCAAGUUGACACAGGAGCUCUCUGACACAAGGAAAACAAAUCAUUUAUCCUAUUAUGUAUUUAUUAAACUUUUGUGAUUAAACAAUA